GUCCCCGCGCUCCGUCAGUCUGCUCCCAAAACUUCACUCGUGCACGCGCGCGGUAGCGCUGUGGUGUGUGUCUCUGUCUCUUCUCUGUGAGAGCGAGCGAGCGUGUGUGCGUGAGUGUAAGUGUGUGUUAGUGGGAGGAGAGAGAGACACAGCGCGAGAGAAAGAGAGAGAGAGAGAGCGCGAGAGAGAGAGAGAGAGAGAGAAGACGCGCACCGGACCAUAGCAGCAGCAGCAGCUCUCAGAGAGGAGAAACCGGGCAGAGCGCGUGGAGACAGAGACCCUACCUCCCGCCCCCCGGUUCUUGUGCCACUCGCUGCACCGUGCGCGCGGAUGUCUGUGUAGAGCCCCGAACAGCGCGCGCUUUCCUCACCCGACUCACCCGUUCCUCGCCCGGCUUUUCUCCGUAUCGGAUGCGCCACGGGCAAACUUCUGCACGCCGAUUUUUGCGCACGCUGUUUCUCGCGCACGCUCGUGCUGAAUCUCUAACCGGAGGUAAAUAAGACAUUGCUUGAUUUUUAAGGACACAUUCAAGACAAGACAAGACGAUGCUCAGGCUCGUGCUCGUGCUCAUGAUCGCCGCUGCUCGCGGCUUUGCCUCGUACGUGCCCUGCGAGCCGUGCGACCAGAAGGCGCUCUCCAUGUGCCCGCCCGUGCCCAUCGGCUGCCAGCUCGUGAAGGAGCCCGGCUGCGGCUGCUGCCUGACGUGCGCGCUCGCCGAGGGCCACGCGUGCGGCGUGUACACGGGGACCUGCGCGCACGGGCUGCGCUGCCUGCCGCGCGACGGCGAGGAGAAGCCGCUGCACGCGCUGCUACACGGCCGCGGGGUGUGCACGAACGAGAAGGGCUACAAGGCGCCGCUCGCGCCCGCCGAUCGUGAAUCUAAAGAGCACGAGGAGACGAUGAAGCCUGAUGCGACAGAGGAGCAGUUGCCUCCAGCCAAAGUGCCCAUUUACCCCAAGCCUGAUCUGAUCAACAGCAAGAAGCAAGCUGCCAUGCGCAAAGACAAGAGGAAGCAGCAGGAGAAGCUGAGGGCCGUUGGGUCAGUGGACUACUCACCGAUCCCGGUCGACAAGCAUGAACCAGAAUUUGGUCCCUGCAGGAGAUCGCUGGACGGGAUCAUACAGGGAAUGAAAGACACAUCCCGCGUCAUGGCUCUCACCCUCUACCUGCCCAACUGCGACAGGAAGGGCUUCUUCAAACGCAAGCAGUGCAAGCCCUCCCGCGGCCGGAAACGAGGCAUCUGCUGGUGCGUGGACAAAUACGGCAAGGAGCUGCCGGGGACUAACUACAGCGGGGGGAACAUCCAGUGCAAAGACCUGGAGAACAGCAACAACAACGAGUGAGGAGGGACCUGCCCUGAUCACCUGACCCGAGGCUCGCCUCCUUCUUUCCUUCCCACCUGUCCACCCGCCAGUCACUCUGAGAUUCUCCAUGCGACAGAAAAGAAAAAAAAGAAACACCAAUAGAACAACCACAAAAAGCUAAACCUGAGGGGAAACAAACAAACACUUUCUCUUUCUGACUGAGCUCUCAUCUCUAACUCAGGGGACCCAGCCGAUCAGAGGGCCUCAGUGGCGUCCGGUUUAAGAGCUGGGUCCCGGCAAACGAUGAUUUUUAAAAAUAUAUACGUACAAUUAUAUAUUUUUAUAGAAGCUGGGGUUCGAGCACCAUACUGUUAACAUACAGAGGAAAACAAAAUGUAUAUGGCAUGUUGAUUUAUUAACAGAGGGCUAUCUUUGGUCUUUUACAUCUUUUGAGAUGGAGGUGUCAGAGAAGAUAGCUUGAACUUGAGCUUGUACUAUUGGAACUAUUCAUUUUUUUUUUUUUUUUGGUUUUGUUUUAUUUAUUUUUUUUUAUUUGUUUGUUGUUUUCCAAACAAAGAGAGAAAAAAACAAGUUAUAGGGAUGUGCUGAUGCAGCCGUCUCUAUCUUGCUAGUUUGGUCCUAUCAGAGCACUUACUCUUACUCAUUGGGGAACCUGCUUGGAAACGUGUAACUUCACCAAGUUCAGUGUAUGUAUGUGUGUGUGCUUGUGUGAGUGGAUGUGCUGCACGUGUGAAAGAGAAAAUCUCCUUUUUUUGAAAAGAAUGUCCCCUCUUUUCAUGCCACAAGAGCUGGUGGCUUAAACAACCCCCCCUCCUAACCUUCCAAUGGCACACCACCCCCACCCCACCCCUCACCUACCCAACGGGAGUAGCUACAGACUAGCUCAAAGCUGGUUUUCUCUCUCUCGCUGGCCCACUCACAGCAUGUCUUUGGGAGCAGGAUGGUGGAGAAACGAAACCCCGUCCCACAGACCUUUCUGUGGCUCCGUGACUCUCUGUAGCUUGCCUAAAAUGCCAACUGUGCCUAUGUAACCUGACGCUGCCGCUGCUGCGCAGAGUGACCCAGGUGAACGGAGAGCCGGCGGGCUGCCCACUCUUGACUGUGGACCAGAUGCGGUCCAGUCACGUCCUCAUCUUCUCAGAUUCCUUGCAGGGAGGCAGGAAAAAGGAGACCCGAAAUCAGUUAGCGGCCAUUUUCGGCGGUAAAAUGUCUAGAGAGGCUUCUGCGGAAGUAUCACUAUCGAGAAAACAAAAGAAGUGGGACGCUUGGUGUUGGUUGAGGUUCAAGGCAGCAGACAGCAGUGCCGUAACACUAUAGAGUCUCCCCAGAAUUUCUGCUUGAAGUAACAUUUACUUUUUUUUAUUUUUUUGAGGGCGGUAGCUUCUCUCGUCUUUUCGUUCUCUUUUCCUCCGUGUCUUGUGCUCUUUUUCUUAGCCUUCAGUGAAGUAUAUCGAUGAUCGACUGCCCACUUAUGAGCCAUUGUUUCUAGACCAAGUGCUUUUUCACUGAUGAACUAGGCAUGAGCCCUUGGCACAAGUGCGUUCGUUACCUUUAACUGUAGAUCGAUGAAUGUUUUGUUUUUUUCUAACGAUUACAAAGAACUGGUGCUUGAGGAUUUUGGGAUUUUAAAAAAAAGGAGUCGUGCAUUUUGCAUUUUAGAGUGUUACCUGUUUGCGUCAUUGCUCCAUCCACCCCGUCACGCUGGGGGACGAUGGUCGACUUUGGUCAUUUGGUCAAUUGGUCAAUUUCAGGUGUUCCCAAAAAUCCACUUCUUCUUCACCACCCUACGUCUAAGUCUAUUUUCAGGCCACGUACGAGAAGUGCUCACAGUUUUUUUUGCACGUUCUCUUUUAAGGGACGUCAUCAUUAAAUCAGUUAUUAAGUCACAGUUUACUGCUGUGUCUGUCGUUCAGUGCAUCGGUUUAGUGUCAGAGUUUGUGUGUGUCUCAGUGCCUUUCUACAUACAAAUACAUUUGAAUAGUGACGUGAACGUUACACCGUAGCCAAGGGGAUAAAAAUAGGUCAAUUUUUGAUUUUUAAACAUUUUAUUUUAUUUUAUUUUAUUUUUUAUUUUUUUCGUUCUGUAUUGACGAGGGACCUCAGUCACAUUGAAAUAAAACAAAUGCUUGUAAUGAGAUAUUUCUUCGUACCACGGCAAUUAAAGGUUGAGAACCUUUUUUCUUGAAAAAAAAAAAAAUCUUGAAAUGACUCCCUGUGAUGAGGCAACGAUAGGAGCGAGAGCUACUUUUCACUAACAGCUCAAGCUAGUGGGUACACCUCUGUCUCUUAAUGUUUUUUUUUGUAUUUUUAAUUGUUUUGUUUUUAUCUCUAUGAAUAAGCUGAAUAUUGAUUUGACAGAGACUGCAAAUGUAUGUAAUCGCUGAAGAAAGUAAUUUAAGUUGUUUUUGUUUGAUUUUUGAUUUUUUUUUUCCAGUGAAGCUACAUAUAAACAGGGAUACACAGAGGCCUCGGCAGGCCAGCUCCUGCUGGAGUUUCCCCUCAGAGGGAACCAGUAAGAAAAGCCAUUCCCUGCCACAGUGGGUCUGCUCAGAUCUUAUUACAGAGCUUUGUGUGAUCAUAGUUUCAUGGCUGGGAGGGGGCCAGUAACGCUCGACACAAUGAGAUUGAGAAGAGGCUCCGCUUCUCGAGAAAAAGAGAGAGAGAGAGCUUGGCCUCUAGUGCUGCUUCUUUCCUUCGUUCUUAAUGCUGCGUUAUUUUUCCAGUUAACUCAGCACUCUUGCGUGUUCUCUCGCAGGUAGACAAAGAUCCACAGGUCUACAGAAUGUAGCAAUGGUUGGUUUGGGUGUGUCUGAGUAGAAAUAAUGAGUGGUGAGGGACUCUCUGAACUUGUGGAGAAAUAAGAGAAAGAGAGGAAGUGAGCAUGUUGUAUUUGUUUUUUUUUACAAGGUGUGGGUUAAUCAGUUAAUCAGACCUUCACUGGUGUGUUUGGAGUAAGUCAAUGAGUGUGUUUAGGUGCACUUCGUAAUCUAGUUAUAAAUCAGAUCAUUUCUGCAGUUAUCUGAUUAGAUUAUUCAAGUAUUCAUUCAUUGGUGAACACAUACAGUGUACUCUGAUUUUGUCGAUCGGAUUGAGGUCUAAAAAAUUUGAUUAUUUGAUUGAAUCCAAUUCAAUCCAAUGAGAGCUGGAUUUUUAGUACAUGUAUACGAUUAAUAAUAUAAUAUAUAAACCAGCUAUGUUUUACAUUUAACACAGCACCCUUGAGAUAAUGACAAAACCCUUUUGGGGUGACGCUAAAACUGAAGGAUUGAAUAAUUGAAUCCUUAUCCUCUAUCUGAUUUAUGUUCAUAUAUAUUGUGACUCAAUGUCAAUAAUAACUUGGCGUGAAGUUAAGGUCUUAUGUUAGUUACGCUUACAUUUAAAUUUACGUCACAUCGCACAUUACAUCUUAUUGCAUUAAUCUGCAAAUAUCAAUAAUUUCCCAGUGUGUGCCUAAGUGAAAACAGACCCUGGCACCAGAGUUUGACACAGCAUCUGCAUAAAGACGAUGGAACUCGUGUAGAAUUUGUGUAAACCAAGUCUAAAUACCUUAGUUCUUGUAAGCAUGUUAAUCAGAUUAACUAACAAAGAUAAACAAGAUAGUAAUCAGAUAGAUUAUGAAGUGCAUGUAAACACACUCAUUGAGGAGGUUGCAGAGCCUGCAUUUGGCCUCCCUAUUUGAAAGACAUGUCCAGUGCAGGGCAAGGCAGAGCAAAUCCAUUCUGUCAGAUAUGUACCCACGCUCAGUGCCCCCUCCCACAUUAUUAUUUUUUUUAUUAUUUUUUUAUUAUUAUUUUUAAGCAGCUUGCACUUAUGUAUUUACAAUACGUCUUUUUUGCCACAUGACAGCUUCCUCCUAGUAGUGCCGACUCGAAAGCAAACCUCUGUUCAGGUGUUAGGAGGAGCAGGAAGCAGGCCUCAGACACACCCACAUACACAGGUACACACACAUACACACGUACACACACACACAUACAAGUACAAACACACAGAAAAGAAGAAAAAAAAAUCCUGCUUGGGAUUUUUUUUUUAGACAGGGGCUUUAAGUGGCCCAUGCCUGACAACCACCUCUUCAUCUGGUGGGGGUAAAAAUAAAUAAAUAUAAGAACAGUAACAGAACACUACAGAAACUAUUAAUCUCAGUCCAAUCUCCAUCUACUCUUACAGCUUACAGCAGAACUACGCCCCUCAGUGGCACCCAGGGAGAGGGAGAGAAGGUGAGAGCCCCAGACGGGUGGUCUCGUCCUGGGCCCUCACUGUGUCCCCAUCAGGGGACGCAACAAGAACACACACUCACAUACAAAGCAGAACACAUCACAGUAGAUACCGCUAGCAGGCUAGGUUUUUAAGGGGUUUCUCGGAAUCGGUGAGGCUGGUACAAGCAGACAAGUUCUUUGCCAUUCUUCUGUUCUCGUAACUUAUGAUCCAAUGAUCUAAUGGUGUAACACUGCAGCUAUAGCAUGGUUGUAUGGUAAAAUUGGUCAAAUUAUACUGCUGGUGCUUUGUUUUACCAUUUCAGUACCAAAUGCCAAGUGAUCAAAACCCAGUAAUCAAAAACAGUAGUAAGUAAUGUUCUCCAUCAACCAAAGACAGCACUCCAAAACUGAGAACUUCAUUAUUGUAUAAUCUGGUCAAAAGACAAAAGAGAGCCAACGCGAUUUUCCGAGGCUCUUUUUUCAAUCAUAUAUUGUACUUAUACUUGUCGAUAAAGGAGAACAGUAACGUUAACAGUAACAGUGUUGUCCAGCACCUCCACCAGAUUCCGAAUCUACACCAUGGUUAGUUGAAUACAAUACUCAGAACUCAUGAUACAGUAGUAUUACAGCUAUCUUUCUGAAUGCAUAACAGUUUCUUCUUCUUGUCGAUUUCUUUUUCGUUUUUUUUUUUUUAUUUUGUGGAUGAGAAAAGACUUGACGAUUAAUCACCCUGACAUGUGGCCUAACUCGGCAUUUGAAAAAAAAAGAAAAGAAAAGAAAAAAAGGCAAAAAAAACAAAGAACACCCAUUUGUGGCAGGAGGACCGUGAAAACAGCAUUUGGAACUCAAAUAUUUUAAAAGAAAUAAAAGAAGAAAAAAAAAAUCUCAAAUUAUUAAGAAAAAGUGAAUAUCACUGUGUAAUAUUUAUUCAACUUGUAAUUUAUGUACUCUUUUAACCUUUGUCUUUUUUUGUUAUGACAAAGCAUUUAUUUAAAUAAAGUUAUGUAUUCAUUUAA